CUGAGUGAUAUUUAGCCUCUGAAGCUGCAGAGGAGCGACACUUUGACUUAGUAACCCUUGAACAGUAGUCUACCUACUACUCAACAACUCAUUGUCUUUCUAUCUGGACAUCUCUUGAUAAUCUAACAGGUCUUCGAUCACCUCAACGACCUGUCAAUCAAUCUUCCUGUAGGAGAUUUUCUUGUUUUGUUGUAGCACGCUUAGUGACUGCAAACCUGUUUCUGUGUAGCUAGGCACCUAGGACAACUAAACACCAAGAUGUCAAUGGACGAGCCUGAGGAUCUGGAGAUGGAGGGAGAGGAGGGGAUAGACGCCAAGGAGCUGAAGAAGGAGCUGGCCGAGUCCAAGGCAGUUAAAGUGCUGAUGCUGGGUGCUGAGGAGUCGGGGAAAAGCACCAUCGUAAAACAAAUGAAAAUCCUCCACCUGGGUGGUUUUAGUAAGGAGGAGAAGGUGAUGUACAGAGAGGUGAUCUUUGGUAACAUCCUGCAGUCAGCUCUGUCCAUCGUCAGAGGCAUGAGCAUCCUGGAGAUCAAGUACGGAUCACCAGCCGCAGAGGAUGAGGGCAAGAAGCUGGAGAACCUUUCCAACUCUACUGAAGAGGGCACCAUGCCUCCUGAGAUGGCUGAGUGCAUCAAGAAGCUGUGGCUGGACCCUGGCAUCCAGGAGUGCUUUGAGAGAGCAGCUGAAGGCUACCAGCUCCUCGACUCCGCUCACUACUUCCUCAGUGACCUUGACCGCAUCACCGUGGCUGACUUGACCCCCAAUGACCAAGACAUCCUACGGUGCAGGAUCUCGACCGGUGGGGUUAACGAGGAGAGGUUUAUCUGCAAAGACAUCCAAUUCAGGAUGUUUGAUAUGAGUGGCAGAAGAGAAGAGAGGAAGAAGUGGAUCCACUGUUUCCAGGGCGUCCAUUGCAUCCUGUUCUGUAGUGCCCUCAGCGCAUAUGACCUGGUGCUGCUGGAGGAUGAGGAAAUGAAUCGCAUGCACGAGUCUCUCCACCUAUUCAACAGUAUCUGCAACCACAGGUUCUUCGAGGACACCACCCAAGUGCUUUUCCUCAACAAGAAGGACGUCUUCCAAGAGAAAAUCAAGCAUGUCCACCUCAAUGUCUGCUUCCCUGACUACGAUGGGUCAAAUACGUACGAAGACGCCUGUAAUCACGUGAAGAUGCAGUUUGAGUCUCUGAACUUGAGGCAGGCGGAGAAACCCAUCUACACCCACGUCACCUGCGCUGUAGACACACAGGACGUGAAUCAGGCCUUCGACACCAUCACAGACGUCAUCAAAAUCAAUCUAAAAGAUGCCGGGCUGUUCUGAGGCAGCUCCUGAUUGAAGAACGUACUUCCAUCCAUCCAUCAGCCAACUCAUUGGUUUUAUUUGGCCACUGUGCUGAAGGUGGUGGACAGUUGGUGGACAACUGUUUAUCUGCUGUCACCGUCACCACCUCCGAGCCCUGGUUCCUCGGACGCCUCUCCAUCAACGUCAUCAAUGCCAUUGGAUUGAAACAGAGUAUCAAAACAUUUGUAAACCAAAACAAAAAAAAGGCUAAUUACAUAAGGCCAUAUGCUCUUCUUUGCGUAAGGCAUUUAAAUCCCUGAAGCUAGUGUUUUUGUCUUCCCUUCAGUAGUCUCCUGUGGUCUCCAUUUUAACGUUAAAAAGUUAUAAAGUAAACAGCUGAAAUUUUUAUAUUUCAAAAUUCUAUUUUAAUCUAUUUUAAUAGAAUAAUAAGCUUACACUUUGUAAAUAAUAGACCAAUCUUUAUUUUAAGAAAGACAUCAGAAGUACUGUGAGAAAGAAGGGAUCUGUUUUUUGUUGUUGUGAUGUGUAGACACAUAAAAUAAAGAUGCAUAGAGUUCCCUGUUUGGUUUGUGAUCGUUGAAGAUUACACAAUACUAUUAUCACAUAGUAGGGAACAUGAACACAUGGACACUUUCCCACAGUGGUUGAAGUGGAAUGAAAAAGGUGCCGGUACACAUUUUGGAUCCCGGGACUCAUAAUAUUUUAGAGCGAAUAUUUUAUGAUUUGCCAGUACUCAAGUAAUAGAAAAUGCCUGGUUCUGAUAUUAUAGCACCGGCCCACUUCAAGCACUGCUUUGCCAUUGGCUGGAUUGUGAAAUACAAAAGACAAAUAUGGAGAAGAGCAGAGAGCUUUAGUGCCAUAAUUUAAUGGUGUUAAGAUCAACAACAACAUCUGUACAAAGUCAAACUGAACCAGAAAUAUAACGUAGCUACCACAUCUGAUCAGUCUCCAGGGUCGUAUUCAUUAGUGCACACCGUUUCAAAAUGUAGCAAAAAGUUAUUAUUAAAGGCUUAUUGGACAAUUCCAGGUAUUCCCUCCCUGUUUCAGUGUAUUUUCUUCUGUUUGGGGGCCUAAUGGUGAAUAUGACCCUGGAAUGUAUAGUAAUGUUCGGAAAGUGGUGACAGUCUAACCCAGAUACAGUAGUUAGUGGCUAUUUGGCAACCGUUUUCUGUACAGAAUUAACGCUCAGUGGAGUUCUCCUUGGUUCCGAACCACUCAUAUUUCUUACUUAAACUUAACCCAACCCAUAACCCUUUAUCACGCGGAAUUACAUACUUAGUGUCUCAUUUCUUGCCUAAACUUAACCAAAUCACAUUUGUUUUUCUGCCCUCGGAGGCAGAGUUGCCAUUAGAACAAGAUGGGAUAAGGAAAACUCCAUUCUGCAAGUGGGGUCUGAGCGUAACUUCCCCCUCUGUAACAAGACAUUUUGUUACACACUUGAUCUAGUUCCUUGGUCAGUUCAUUCUUUAACUGAAAUUCACAGGAUUAAAAAAUCACUUUGAAUUAAAAAAAAACUGAAUUAAUUAUAAAAAGGCCAUAAAAUAUCAAGCUGUGAAAUCCAAAAUUCUCUUUCAUGCAGGUAAUCAAUAAUUAUUGUCUUGUAAAGUGUUGUGAAACAAUUAUUAAUCUCACUUGACAAUAAUCAAUAUUCAAUGAUCAAUAAAUGUACAAUAAUGUGCGGUAGUGAAAAAGAGUCCUAAAUAUAAAAAUAUUGUUCAAUACAAAGUGGUGCAUUUCUACAUUUUUUUUUUUUUUAAGAAUCAGAAAUAAGUGAAACCUCGUGUUAGUCUACACAAGACUAUUGAAUUCAUGAAAAGAUGGCUGAUUAAAAUCUCAAAAAUGUGAAGAGUUAGAGUAGGUGCAGGUCAAAUCUAUCACAUGAAUUCCUGAUCCAUAGGCCAACUUCAGAGCACUAACCAUACUCAUGGAUAGAAAUGCAAUCUGAUAAUGUAAAGAAAUCCCAAAAUGAAAAAGAAACUAUUUCAACUACUUUAUACAAAUAACAUGCUAUAAAAUACUUUUUUUUUUUAAUGAAAAAUGAAAUGAGGCAUAUGACUCAGUGAACGAAUGCAACAGAUUGGUGAAAAAAAGAAGGAAAAAAAACCGAAUGGUGAAAUAUUGCGAUGAGAGAUAUUCAGCUUGGUGGUUGGGUCCUUUUUGUUUUCAUAUAUACCAGUAGUGUGUCAAACUAUAGAUGUGAGCACUGGAAUGGAGAGAAGGGAUAGUCAAAAAUAGUGCACUACAUAAGGAAUUAGGUUGCCAUUUGGGAACUGGCCAAGGAUUAUUUUUCUAUCUGUGUGUUUUGUUGGUUAAUCAACAACUAAAGGUCAUAAAAACAUCACUUUACUCCAUAUACUAAAAACAGAAGUGCUCUGUAGUCGGACUUGGCAGUUCCCAUAGAAGUCACAGUGAGUGUUUCACUAGUGAAGGUUUUAUCCACAGUUCAGUUCUGUCCUGCUCCUCGGUGUGUAUCAGAGUGUUGAACAUGGAGGAAAAUCGUCUCGGAUAAAAAUAAAAGUGGUUAAAAAAAAAAAAAA